CGCACCCUGCGUUGCCAUGGCGAAGCGCAUAUAAGCGUGCGCCAGCGCCAUUCCGCACAGUACGCGACGUUAGCCCGUACGCACACGGUAUAGCUUAAGCUUUGUGAAGCAGCACCAACAUGAUGCUACGUUUGUCAACUUUUAUUGCGUUACUGGCUGUUACAUUAGCCCAGAACGGCUACGAAUACAACAAACCGAACCAACCGUUUGGACCAGGCACUACGUCGAACCGACCCGGUUUCCCUGGAACCGGUGGGACCUCUGGCGGCUACCCCAGCUCUCCGACUGCGCCAUCUUCCCCUAGUGGACCUCAGCGUGACGAAUACCCCAGCACUGCAGGUGGCUCUACCCCGGGUUUCCCUUCUGGAUCUCCAAGCUACCCUUCUGGCCCUAGUCAAGGAUUUCCAGGCUCUAGCCAACGACCAGGACAACCUGGGCAGUCCGGAUCGCAAGGUGGUGCCGGAUUUCAGCCCACUUUCCCAUCUGGGCCACAGCCGGGACAGCCCGGCGCGGGACCGUCUGGAACCGGUUUCGGCUCCGACACUGGCGCCUACGAAGGUGGAGACUACUCUGCUAUCCCCGGUGAACCGGACAGGGACUACCCCAUCCUUACCGAGAUCCCUCAGACGUCCUUCAGAUGCGAUGCUCAGGCUUAUCCAGGGUACUACGCCGAUGUCGAGGCCCGCUGCCAAGUCUUCCACGUGUGUGCCAACAACAGAACCUAUGAUUUCCUCUGCCCCAACGGAACCAUUUUCUCGCAGCAAGUCUUCGUCUGCGUUUGGUGGAAUCAGUUCGACUGCAACUCUGCUCCUGGUCUAUACGAGUUGAACGCCAAUCUCUACCAAGAAUCCCCAAGACCCGGUUCUGCUCAACAAGACUACGCUCCCCAAGGUCCCUCAGCUUCGUACCCCGGUAGCAUUGGUACUCAAGGUCCUUCCUCAUCUUACCCUGGAGGCAACACCCCUCAAGGUCCUUCAUCAUCUUAUCCGGGAAGCAGUAUCCCUCAAGGUCCUUCAUCUUCUUAUCCCGGAGGCAACGCUCCGCAGGGCACACCAUCCUACCCAGCCAGCACUCCUCAAAGGCCUUCCUCGUCCUUUCCUGGUACCCCGCAAGGGCCUUCGACGACAUACCCUGGUAGUUCUGGACCACAAGGCCCUUCGUCCUCUCAUCCCGGGAGCACGGGUCCAUCUUCUGGUUUCCCAGGCUCUAGCAGUCCGCAGGGACCCACGUCAUCCUACCCAGGAUCGCAAACUCCGUCGGGUUACCCUGGCUCUUCUAGUGGAACCUUCCAAGGGUAUCCCUCGGGGGCACCCACUGGUCCGAGCUUCCCCACCGGGGGAAACACCGGGAGACCACAGGGUCCCUCCAAUGACAACUACCCACAGACACCCAACAGAGAGUACCUGCCACCCAGAAAUUGAGCCAACCCAAUCUAUUGGUAUUACAAAGUAACUAUCUAGAUAGAAAGACUUUUGGAGCUGUUAAGUUAGUUUUAACUGUAGUCGCGUUGUGAAAACUACGCAAGGAGUAGUUGCCAUAAUGUUGUAUUUGUAGCCAGCCAGUAUUCUGAGGAUUAACGUCAUUUGACACACACCUACAUAGAUAUUUGUACAAAUAAUAUUGGAACUACCUUGGAUAUCAAGACUAAGUAUUAUUAUUAAGUACUAAGUACUUAAUAGUAGGUACUUAGUUAUUACCUACUCCUAGAUAUAUAUAUUAUUUUUCUGAUGUCAUGUAUUGAGUAAAUGUGUCAGGGCAUUAAAGUUAGACAAACGAUAAAGUUGGUGCUGCCUAAUGUUUUAGCCUUUUAGCAUUUAGCAUAAUAUAAGAACCUAUAGGUAUAAUAAGUAUGAAUAUUAGCUUAUUUUCCACCAAAAUCCUUCUUCUUCUUUUAAUAUUGUUUGUGUACUAAACUAACGUUCUUUGUUUCUUUAAGUCUUGUUUUAUAAAUAAAAUUAUACUAACCAAACGGUGCAACCUGCUGUGCCUUAACUAAAGUUACCAAAUCUAGUGUUCGUAAAUAUUAAGAUAAUCAUUAGGUAAUUUUUAAUACAAAAUACCCGACAUUUAAAGUAAAUUAACCAGGGAUCGGAAACCGGUAUUUUUUGUAUGAGAACGAAAACGGUAUUUUUUCGUUCUUUGUUAAUUAUUUCAUUCCUAAUCGGGCAAUCUAAUAAUACGAAGUCGUUAUCUAAAAACACAACUGAGUCCUACAUUUUGAGUAUAAAAUAAACCGAAAUAUAUGGUUAUUUCGAUGUUUUUGCAAAAAACCGGUUCCGAUCCCUGAAAUGAACACUACUUUUAAUAUGUAUGAAAAGUUGAAAGUUUGUGUCUCCUACUUUUCUUGAACUUUACAUCACAAUACUUUUAUAUCCAGGACUGUAAUGUUAUUGUUAUAUAUAAUUAUAGUAUAUAUGUACAUAUAAAAAAAUAUUAAACUGAAAAUGGAUUUAAAUGUCCCGUCGGGGUUAGUAAAAUCACAUAUCUAAAUAUCUAAUUACAUACUAGAUUAUGAAAUAAUGUAUCUUGUACCGAUACCGUUUGUAAUUACACUUGGGAAAUAAAAUAAAACAUUAUAAGAGCA